AUGGAGGCCACAUUGGAGUCGCUCGAGGUUGAGUUCUACGCCAUUAGGGAUCAGCAGGAGGCCCUCACUGAGGAAUUCCUCGCCCUGCGCACUUCUGGUGGCGACAAGGAAAAGAUUGAGUCCAUCCAGAACCGCCUCAAGGAAAUUAAGACUCAAUUGGCCGAAAAGCAAAAGGAGAUUGUGUCACUCAAGGCCGAUUGGAAGGCCAAGCCCGUGGAAAAGAAGAAGAAACCCGUCGUCAAGAAGGAGAAGCCUGCCAAUGCCAAGCCCGCCGCCGCCCCUAAAAAGAAUGAGAAAGCCGGAGGCGGCCAGCAGAAGGAGUCCCUGCUGGGCAUCACCACGCGCAAGGAAGACAAUUUCCCUAAGUGGUACAAGGAGGUCAUCACGAGGGCUGAGCUCAUCGAGUUCUACGACAUCUCGGGCUGCUACAUCCUCAGGCCCUGGUCGUACCGCAUGUGGGAGAUCGUGCAGGGCUUCUUCGAUGGCGAAAUCAAGAAGCUGGGCGUCCGCAACGCCUACUUCCCCUGCCUCGUCUCCAAGGACGCCCUGGAGAGGGAGGCCGACCACAUUGCCGGCUUCGCUCCCGAGGUCGCGUGGGUGACUCGUUCCGGACAGUCCGAGAUGCAGGAGCCUGUCGCUAUUCGUCCCACCUCUGAGACCAUCAUGUACCCUGCUUACGCAAAGUGGAUUCGCUCGCACCGCGAUUUGCCUCUCAAGCUGAAUCAGUGGGCCAACGUCAUCCGUUGGGAGUUCAAGCACCCCGUCCCCUUCCUCAGGACCAGGGAGUUCCUUUGGCAAGAAGGUCACAGCGCCUUCGCGACCCUCGAGGAAGCCGGCAAGGAGGUGCUCGACAUUCUGGACCUCUACAGGCGCGUCUACGAGGAGAUCCUUGCCGUGCCCGUCGUGCCCGGCAAGAAGUCCGAGGAAGAGAAGUUCGCCGGUGGUCUCUACACCACCACCGUGGAAGCUUUCAUCCCUCAGAACGGUCGUGGCAUUCAGGGAGCGACGUCGCACUGCCUGGGCCAAAACUUCGCCAAGAUGUUCAGCAUUCAGUUCGAGGAUCCCGAUAAGCCUGGAGACAAGCUCUACGCCUGGCAGAACUCUUGGGGUCUCACGACCAGGACUCUGGGUGUGCUCACCAUGGUGCACGGAGACAACAAGGGCUUGGUUCUGCCUCCUCGCGUUGCCCCUAUUCAGGUGGUGGUCGUGCCCAUCUACUACAAGGAGACGCAAAACGCGGCUCUGGACGCGAAGGCCGUCGAGGUGGUCGAUCAGCUCCUCGCCGCUGGCAUCAGGGCUCACUUUGAUGACCGAACGAACUACACCCCCGGCUGGAAGUACAACCAUUGGGAAACCAAGGGUGUCUCCCUGCGUAUUGAGCUUGGCCCCAAGGAUCUCGAGAACAACCAAUGCGUGUUCGCCAGGAGGGACUGGAGGGAGGGCGAUGAUGCGUCCAAGAAGAAGGUCACCGUUCCUCUCGAGGGCAUCGCCGGCAAGGUGAGCGCCAUGCUGGAGGAGAUUCAGGACAGCAUGUUCCAGAGGGCCAAGGCCGAGCGUGACUCCAGGAUGAAGCAGGCCUUCGAUUUUGAUGAGUUCAUGAAGGUGCUUGAUGGCGGCAACUUGGUGCUCACUCCCUGGUGCGACGAGAAGGAGUGCGAGAACGAGGUCAAGAAGAGGAGCGGUGGCAAGGAGGAGAAGGAAGACACCGAGCAGGAGAAGCAGGCCAAGGCCGAGAAGGAGCGCAAGGAGCAGAUCGCCAAGGUGAAGCAGGAGAUGACCAAGCUCGCUGCCCGGCUGGCUCAGCUCGAGGGCAACACGCAAGUCGUCGCCGAGGUCGCCAAGGAGGUGGCCCACGUUGAGUCCGCCAAGGGCAAGGAGAAGCAGGUGGCCGACGAGGCGGCGAAGAAGGCCGAGGACAAGAAGGCCGCCGAGGAGGAGGAUGACGCCAAGGGCUUCGGUCUCAAGGCGGCUGCCAAGACCCUCUGCAAGCCCUUCAACCACCCCGAGCUCAAGCCCGAGCACAAGUGCUUCGCCUGCGGCAGCGCCGCCAAGGCCUGGACCCUCUGGGGCCGGAGCUACUAG